AUGUUAAGAAUUAUUAAUAAUAAUAUUACAACUAAUAGUAAUAAUAUAUUUAAAUCUAUCAUUGGAUUAGCCAGUAAUAGUAACAGUAAUAGUAGUUUACAUAAUGGAUUAGGUUAUAAUAUUAGUAAAUAUUUUAAUUAUAAUAAUAUUAGUAAUAGUAAUAAUAGUAAUAAUAUAAAUUCAAUAUUAUCAACUACAGUAUUAUUUAAUAGAUCUAAUAAUAAUAGUAUAUUUAAUAAUGGUUUUAGAAGUGAUGAUAAUUAUAAUGAUAGUGGUGAUGUUGGUGUUAGAUAUUAUGCAUUUAGAAAGAGAGAAUCAAAGAAAAAGUUAAAUAAGAUAAAGAGUAAUGAUAAUAAUAGGGAUAGAGGUGCAAAGCGACAGCCUAAACAAAGACCAAAGUUACAAUCAAUGAAAGUAUCGAGAGAUCUAGAUACACAAGAGAAACUCAUUGAAGACAAGAUGAAUGAACUCGAGGAUAGAAUCACUGAAAAUAAAAAGUCAUCAAGAUCAAGAAAAUCAAAUAGCAAUAAUAAUAAUGAUUCGGACGAGAAUAUCAAAUCAAAUAAACCAUCAACAUCAUAUAAACCAAGAAGAGGAAGAGUAAAGAUUAGUUUUGAUUUCUUAAAUGAAAAGAAUGAGAGUGAGCAACAACAACCAGAACAAGAACAAGUAGAAGAUGUUUUAUUGGAGGGAGAAGUAGAUGAAGAGAAUCAAUUGAAUAUAAAGAAUCAAGAAGUUUUAAUUCCAAAAGUACCAAGAAAAUCUAAAAUUAUUUCAACAACAACUUCAACAACCUCAACAACUGCAACACCAACAACUUCAAAAACUAAAAAAGAAAAGAUUAAAAAAGAAAAAGAUGAAGUUGAUAAUGAUGAUGAUGAUGAUGAAGACGAUGAACCAAAUCAAGUUCAAUUAAUUCUGGAAAGUAGAAAGAAAGAAGAGAAUUCAGUUUUAUGUGAUGAUGGAAAAUCUGUUGCUACAAAGGUGGUUGAAGAUCUAGAUGGAAUGCGUGUAGAUCGUUGGGUUUCCAAUCAUUAUCCGGUGAUUACACAUUCACUACUUUGUAAAUGGAUUAGAAGCAACAAGAUAUCGGUCAGUGAUUCGUUGAAUGGCGAAAGAAAACAGGUGGAGUUGAACGAUCGUUUGGUCACUGGACAAUGGGUCAACGUGCCGAUGAAGGCGCUGAAAGAACAACGAUUGGCAGACCGCAAAGAACCAACGAAAUACGCCAGACUCAGCGAUGAGGAGAUCAAAGAGAUUCGUGACUCUGUGCUCUACAAGGACGACCAGCUGUUGAUCAUCAACAAACCACAGGGUCUGUCGGUGCAGGGUGGAACUGGCCUGAAGAAACAUCUCGAUAUGAUGAUGUCGCAUCUGAAGUUUGAGCUGGAAGAAGCACCACGAUUGUGUCACCGUUUGGAUCGAGAAACCAGUGGAAUAUUAAUUCUGGCGAGAACGCGCAAGGCUGCCACUGCAAUGGCUGACAAAUUCGAGAUGAAGCUGAAGCGACGAACAACCAGACAAGACAGAGACAAGAAGGAUAAACAAAAGAAAGAUGGUAGUGGUAGUGGUAGUAGUAGUAAGAAAGAUAAAGAUAGAAGUGGUGGUGAAGACGAAGAGCUGAGAGAUGACAACGGUAUUAGAAAGACGUAUUGGGCGUUGCUGACAUCGACACCCAAUCCAAAGGAGGGUCGUAUACGUGCGCCUCUCAAGAAGGUGGUGCAGGAUGGCGAGGAGAUGGUGAUUGCUACCAAGGAAACAGGUGAUGGAGCGAAACUAGCGAUUACAGAGUACAAGGUGGUAGAGAGUUCGCUGACCAACGCAUCGUUUGUCUCUUUGUGGCCAGAGACUGGAAGAACACAUCAACUCAGAGUUCAUUGUGCAUCGAUUCUGAGCUCACCGAUUGUCGGUGACAAGAAAUACGGAAAGAACGACUCCGUUGCAUUCCAAAGUGUACUUGGUAAGAAGAUACCACUGCACCUUCACGCCAGAAGAGUAGAGUUUUUCCAUCCAGAGACCAACAAAAAGAUUGAUGUCGUUGCACCAUUGCCUAAAAACCUUGAAAACUCAUGGGAUAUGCUUGGUUUUACUGCUCAUGAUACAAAAUAA